GCCGUGCCGCACCAAGACUUGCAGGACGCUUUUGCCAAGUUGGGAGCAAGAGACAAAGUUCUCUGGCAACGCAUGUUCCGCCGGUAUCAGCUGCGGUGGUGAAAUCAGUUGGCACUGCGACCAAUUGGCCCAGCUGGCAAUCUCCGAAUUCGGCUAUUGUGAAACCGGGUGCGGAUCCUUACGACUGGGACUGCGAAGUCGACUGGAAGGACAUGCUCAAACUUGAGAGCAGGCUCUCUGAAGAGGAGGUGUUGAUCAAAGACACCGCGCGACAAUUUGCAGAUGCGGAGUUGAUGCCAAAGGUCUUGAAUGGCUUCAGGGAGGAAACCUUUGACAGGGGCCUCAUGAAGGCCAUGGGCCAGGCGGGUCUUUUAGGGUCCUUCAUUGAGGGCUAUGGAUGCGCCGGCGCAUCUGCUACAUCAUAUGGACUGAUCGCCCGUGAGGUGGAGCGAGUCGAUUCUGCCUACCGAUCGGCACUGUCCGUGCAGUCAUCUUUAGUCAUGAAUCCGAUCAACCUCUUCGGGUCUCAGGAGCAAAGAGAGCGUUUCCUGCCACGCUUGGCAUCUGGAGACCUCGUUGGCUGCUUCGGGCUCACAGAGCCCGACCACGGCUCGGAUCCCAGCGGCAUGGUCACAAGGGCCAUGGACAAGGGGGAUCACUUCGUGUUAAACGGCGCAAAGAACUGGAUCACCAACUCUCCGAUCGCUGACGUUUGCCUGGUCUGGGCGAAGACGAGCACUGACAACAAGGUGCGCGGCUUCCUGGUAGAGCGGGGGAUGGAGGGCCUCUCCACUCCGAAGAUCGAUGGCAAGUUUUCUCUUCGGGCAUCUCCCACGGGUAUGAUCCAGCUUGAUGACGUCAAAGUUCCAAGGGACAAUGUUCUGCCAAACGUUGUCGGCAUGCGUGGGCCUUUCGCCUGCCUGAAUUCAGCUCGGCUCGGUAUCGCCUGGGGUGCUCUGGGUGCUGCAGAGUUUUGCCUUGAAGCUGCAAGGAACUACACUUUGGGCAGGAAGCAAUUUGGCCGCCCACUCGCGGCCAACCAGCUGAUCCAGAUGAAGAUGGCCAACGCGAUGACGGACAUCACGAUCGGACUCAAUGCCGUCCUGCAAGCCACUCGCAUGAAGGAGGCUGGGGAGCUGCACUCCAAUGUCAUUUCCAUGAUGAAGCGCAACUCGUGCACAAAGGCUCUUGAGAUCGCACGUACUUGCCGGGACAUGCUUGGAGGCACCGUAGUCAUCUGUACUCGACUGUCGCAGCAAGGAACACGGAGCAAAGAGAUAGAGCUAGGUGAGUAA